UGGUCACAGAAAUAACCAAGAUCUACACUCUACUUCUUUUGUUUUCCCUCCCAAAUUUUCUCCUUUGCUUGAAACUUCCAAAACCAUUUACUUUGUUCAUAUUCUUAUCAACUUGAAAACACAGAAAAAAGAGAGAACCAAGAAUGGAUCUCAAGGAAUUACACAUGCUGACCUUACUUCUCUUCUCUCUCACCCUCCUUUCUCUCUCCUCUUCCUCCUCCUCCACUCUCACGUAUUCUGGAACCUUUUCUAAUGCUGCCAAGACCCUUUUGGACUCAGACUCAGACUAUCUCUCAAUGGCACUAACUCUUGAACUUGUCUCCAAUACCCUGAAUCUUGAUUCACCAACUGCCACCAUAUUUGCUCCUUCAGACCCUGCCUUUGUCCACUCAGGCCAACUGCCUCUUCUUUUAGUUCAAUACCACAUCUUGCCAAUAAGACUCUCUGCAGAAGCCAUGAAGGCUCUUCCUUCUGGCACAAGCAUACCAACCCUGUUGCCUAAUUGCUCGCUCAUUGUUACUGCCUCACAUUCUGAUGGAAAAGUAUUGAUUAACAACGUUAUGAUUGAUGUAAAGGCCGUGUACGAUGAUGGGUCAGUGAUUAUAUAUGGAAUUGACGAGUUCUUGAAUUCAUCUUUCCAGAUUGCUCCUGAUUUGCCAAUUCCUGGUCCAACCAUACCAACUGAACGUAACAGUUCAUCUGAAGUUGAAUCUUUUGGUUUGGUUUCGGAUAUAAUAAGGUCCAGAGGUUAUUCUAUAAUGGCUGCAUUCCUUGAUGCACAACUGGCAGGGCCUAAGGAUCAGACAAGUUUAACAAUCUUUGCACCGGUUGAUGUAGCAAUUCAAGAACACGCAAGGAAUGUUAGCGAUUACAUGUUAAUUUUUCGGCAGCAUGUUGUUCCAAGAUUGUUGUCAUGGCUGGAUUUAAUCAAGCUUGAAGAUGGAACUGUGUUGCCAACUUUCCUGAAAGGGUUUGAGAUCAAUGUGACUGUUUCUAGUGAUGUUCCUGAGUUUAACGGUGUUCCAGUGAUCUUUCAAAAUUUGUAUCAAAGUCGUGGGCUUGUGGUGCAUGGCCUCAAUCAUUUGCUUACUUUAUCAGCAAAUCAAGUGUCGCUUGGAGAUUCUUCCUCGGAUGGAAAAGUUGAUCAAAAUCCACUCGAUCAUGGUGAUUAUCACUGACCAAGAAAUGUUUCAGUGUCUCUUUUUAGGCAUCUUUAGGUUGUUCCUGCAGCAUUUCUCAUCUUUUGUGUAUUUUCAUAUCAAGCAGUAGAUCUAUAUUUUCAUCUUGGAAGCCAUUAAGAUCCAACGUAUGUUAACACAAAUGCAAAUAAUUUUACUUGGGAUUGGAUUCCCUAAUUUGUCAGAGCAUUUAACAAUGUAAUUGUAAAUAUAGAUAGUUUCCAGACCAUGUAUAUCUUCUUAGAUGUAUUUUUUUCAUAGUCAUUUGUUUUGGGAAUGAAAAGGAAACAGCAGCU